AUGGCCAUCGCCCCGAUCCAAGGCGCGCUGCGUCGCUCUGCCCUCCUCCACAUCUCGCUCGGCCUCGGGUCCGGCCUCGUCGGCGGCUACUCGUUCUGGUACCUCCAUCACCUCCGCAACGUCCGCAUCCGUGAUGAGUGGUACGCCCAGCAGCGUGAGGCGCAAGCUCAAGCCUGA